AUUCAACUCUGCAAUGAACGGACAGAAUGGCUGCCUCCUCGUCGAGGCAGUGGCUGCCGCCUCUGAUCCAUUGCAAGUUUAUCAGCGAAGCGCCCUGCAGAUGUCAGUGCCUCUUAUGGUCGGCAUCCUGCGCAAGUUGAGUCAGCGCAAGGACGGCGUUAAACCAUCGAACCAAAAUGCAGAUGAUGGACAGGAGUUUAUGAGAUCUUGCGAAAAUAAACAGGAAACUAGCGUGCCACGAGAUUUCGCAGCUUUUUCCGCCGGACUUCCUAAAAGACAAGUUGUAAGACAGGAAAAACUCGGCAAGGGAGGCUCUAGGGGAAAAAAUAACUCGUUCACGGACGAAAUUGAACUUGAUGAUACAGAUCGCAUGCCGUCCAGUUCGAUAUUUCCUGGAGAAAGUAGGGGAGCUGAUUAUUCUGAUUCUAUCCACACUACUAGAAUGGACGACCUCGCCCGUGCGGGCGCGUUGGCGCACAUGCUGAAGCGCCUGCGGCAGGCCGGAUCCGAAUUGCGCGGAGAGCAGGUUUCGCGCGUGAUUUACGCCCUUAACGAGCUUUUUGGCCCUGGACUGCUGAAGGCUGGAACCAAAAGUGCACCAAAAAUGCAAAGGCACAUCUCCCUUGCGUGGACCUCCUAUUAUACGCACAGGAAGAUGGGAAAGAGGAGAAGAAACACGACGAAGUAUAGCGCUUCUGAAGACACAGAGACACGAGAAGCAGAAACUGCCACGGAUGGGUUCGAUGGAAUUAGGGUGUUGGCACAACAGCAUCCGAUGUUGCUGUCAGAAGUAAGAGAGACUUUUGCGUCCUCGCUGCGGCUGGCGGCAGCCCGAGUAGAUCUGUUGAGCGCGCAAUCUCUUGCGAAGAUAGCGCGUGCUGCGGCUCGAGUCGAUGCGGUGGCACAUGCAGAAACGUUGGGUGCUAUUCUCGCUCGUGCUGCAGCAGCGGUCGCGGAUGGGGUGAAUUUUACUCGCAUAGAAGACGAUAAAGAAAAUGUGGUUUUUGGAGACGGAAAUCAAGCGAAUAAAGAUGGAAGACAACUUCUUCCGACACAAAUUUGCGAGAUUGACGCGGCAUGCCUGGUUUACGCAGCGGGCAAGGUACUUCAGGCAGUGGAACGUGCAAGAGUUCAGCAGAAUCUUAGGAGAAAGCAGGAUUCUGCAUCUAGACGCAAGAACGGAAUUCAGGAAGCCACUUCAGGGGAACUUGGCUACAAAGAUCAUAGGAAAGCGCUGCUGCGAGAGAGCGCCGAUCAUGCCCGGGCGUUUCUCACGUCAGUGUCCUGCGAUUUACACUGCGGCGCGUGGGCAUUGCUUAGACACAAAGUACAACUUCUGGAUGCUGUAAGCUCCGCAGAGGCUGAGCCACAGGGCAGCGGGAUGCGAAAAGGUGCGCGGUUUGUGCUUGGCCAGCUCCUCGCCGACGUGGAGCGACUCUCUGGUCGCGAUGCUCUAUCAUCGCUAUGGCUUCUCCUCACAAGACCAUUGCUGGCAAGAAUUGAGAGCAAAGAUGUGCCAAGGGUAAUCUCCGCGGCUUCGUCGAAUACGAAUACGAACAACGUCGACGACAUGAAGGAAGCAGAAGUAAAAAACGACGUUGAGUACGCGAAAGGGCAGUUAAUCGAGCGACUGAAAAAGUUGAUGACGACUGAGUUGCCUCAGAGAAAACUAAUUAAUGGCUCUUCGCCGACGCAGCCUUUUUGUGACAGGAUCCCGAAAGAUUGCCUAGACCAUACGGCGAAGCAACGUCCUCUAGACCAUCGUGGGCUUGUCUUGUUGGCCGUGUGCGCAGGCAAAAUGGAAUCAAUAGAGACCCUUCGCCUUGUACAGAAAAGCUUUGUGGAACAAUCGGCCACGAAUUGUAAUGGAUACAAUUUAUCACUAGGAGAAAGGUCGUGGAGCACGGCAGAUCUCUCGAAUGUUUGCGAAGCUUACGCAGGAGCUGACGCGCACUUGCUAUCAAAAAGUAAUGCAGCUCUUCAACUAAACAGUGAGACAACCCUGAAAGAGUCUGAGCCGAUGGUGCCAACACCAGGAAUACCUUCGACACAAAAUGAACUUGAGUCUCAAGAAGCUACAUCUCCUAAAAGAGGUGACCAUGGGUCUGCGAAGAUAUUUCUGUUUACCUUUUCCGACGAGGAAAAAAUCACAGAAAGAAAGUUUGUUGGAAUAUUGCGGCGCGCUGCUCUGGGGUCCCGAUCAGCGAAGGCGCAUGAACUCUGCAACAUUAUAUGGUAUUUGGCGCAACAGCCGAGCUCACUUGUUUCAGAUGAAGACGUGCUGGCUCUUUCGGCACGGCUGCGAUCGGUGCUGGAUCACAAGCCACUCAAUGCAGACUUUGUUAGAGAAGCAAUCGCAGUGAAAGAAGACGAUGUUGACGAGGCAGACUUUGAAGGUGAGAACAGCAUGUUGGCGACAAAUAAAAUACGAAAGGAACAAGUGGAAUAUGCUGCUGGCGCAAAUAAGAUAAAAGAACGCGGUGAGCAACGCAGAAGCGAUCGGUGCCAACUUGAAAAACGGCCUAAUGGUUUGGCGCAGAACGUCAGAAAUCCCGCUUGUGAGAACUCUUGCUCUGGUGCUGUAGUAGCAUCAGAGGACGAGUCAAACAAGCGUGAUUUGAGGCUUCCAGAGUUCUACAUGGAUCGCGUUCAUUCGGUGUUGGCGCGUCGAGGCAUGAAACCCUUGUUCUAGUACUAGACAAAGGUUCUACUUCUGUGCGCCAUCAUCCUGCUUUACAUGUUGCCUAUGCUUAAAACCUAUUAAGAGUGUGAACGAGGUGUCAUUAAGCAUCAGGUAGUAUUUGCCACGACGUUUCGUUCUUAAUCCAGUUCAUCAUAUUUCGGUUUGUUUCAAUCCAGGUCAUUGAUUCAUGCUCAGUCUCAGGAAACACCAGAUCCCUGUUCUCG